AUGUUUAGUAUAAAGAAUGGAAUAAAUUUGAAUUAUUUGAAAAUUGCUAAAUUAUAUAUAUCAAAUGUGAAGGUGUUUAGAAUUAAGGGUUUACCCUUUGAGAAGGUGAAGGCUCCAAAGACUGAGUGGUACAAACGCGCCGAGUCUGAAUUUCUCUCUGAAAGAGCUCAGAUUCCAACUGGUUAUGUUGGUAGGUGGAACGAGUUAGACCUUGCAAACCUUGACGAAAGGGUUAGGAAAAUCCUAAGUUUACGAUGUGCAAAUGGAAGAGAAAUUAGAAGAGCAAGGACAUUUAUUCUUAUGAAACAUUUACAAAAGGAACCAUUUGAUACUGGAUCAUUAAGUGUACAACGAUGUGUUUGUGAGAAGAUACUGAAUUUAAGGAGCCAUUUGAUAAGAAACCCGAGGGAUAAUUGCCGAAAAAGAGCAAUGGCAAUUCUUCUAAGCCGUAGACACAAACUUAUGAAAAAGUUGUAUCAAGAAGAUUUUAAACUCUAUCAACACACAUGUCAAUUAUUAAAAAUCAAAUGUGUUCUAUUCUCGACUCCCGAUUCAAGAAAUCGUUCCAAAGCUAUAAGUUUAAUUGGAGUGGAUGGAGAUAGAUGUAAGUUUCUAAUACGUCAAAAGCUUUGGUGGGGGAGGUUUAGACCCAGACCCAUUAAAUUACCAUCAGGAAAGAAAAUCGCAUAUACAAGACAUCCAAUUACACAACCACCAGUAGACCAUAAUUUUAAUAAUGAUAAUGUAGUGGCAAAAAGUAAUUUGGAUGUGUUGAGUACGAGGUGGCCUUAUGGAGUAGAUAAGAAAAGAGUAGUUGGGAAGUAUAUAAUACAUAAUCCAACAGCUUGCGGUUCAGAGUUUAUUCACAUCCCAAGUUCUCAAAAUUCCUCCAGAAGGUUCGGUCAACUCCACUAUUUAUAA